GAUGCUAUGCUUAUUGUACGGUUACCCUGAGGAAAACCGGUUUAAGAUUCACCAACGACUAGCUGGAGUAUAUGAGAACAUGAAAGAUUGGAAGAAUGCAAUUCUCUCUCUUCAAAACCUUCUCAGCUCAAUCCAAACCUCAAACCUUACUCCAGACUUGAGAAUAAAGAUGAGGAAAGAAAUCCAGACUAAGAUUACAUAUCUGCAAUCCCUUCCUGAUACUCAACCCAAACCAUACUCCUUCUCCGGGUAUGAACUAGACACGAGACACCCUGAGUUCUCCUCCCUUUGUGGGAGUGUCAGGGUUGAGAAGGUUGAGGGUAAGGGAAGAUGUGCAAUAUCUAGAACUAGGUUAGCUCCAGGUACUCUCGUAGCACAAGAGGAAGCUGCAGCUUCAGUUCUUUAUAUUCCGAAGAUAAAUACACACUGCUGGAUUUGCCAAAACUACACCAUGGUACCCUAUCCCUGCACAGACUGUCCAGCCAUUUACUGUUCCCUGGCAUGCUUCAAUAAACCUAGGAAUAGAUUUGAAUGCCAGCUGGUAUGUUCUGGAAUAUUAGAUGUUGUUGGAGUUAAAGAAUGUCAGUUAGCCUCAAACCUUCAGCUAGCUUUCAGUUUAAUAACCGGUGUGAGUCCUGACCAGCACGCAGGGGUUCUAGCAGGCCUACUGAAGGAGCCAGGAGACGAACCAGUACAUAAUCAAGUACAAGAAGAUGGCAAACCAGUACAUAUUCAAGUACAAGAAGAUGACAAACUAGUACAUAACCAAGUACAUGAAGAUGUACAAAAAAGAGCACAUGAAAGAGAAGUAUUAAACAAAAUAGAAGAAACUGAACUAGUGAUUAGUACAGGACCAAAGGAAACUGUUGAAAUACAUUCCGAAGAAUUAAAGGAAACCUAUAACAAGAUCCACAAUCUUCAAGAACAUAUAGAUUCUAUGAAUCAAGAGGAUCUACUGAGUUCUGGUCUUACUUUACUGCAUUGGAUUCUUGUAUCUGGGUAUUCAGAGGAAUCUGUUAUAUCAAGUGACUACCUACACCUUUGCAUCCAAUACCUGGGGAUUAUUAUUCCUAACUGUCAUGCUACAUUCCAACUUGAAUCCUCAAACACAGAUGCUAGCUCCAUGAGUAUGGUUGGACUAGCUUUGUUUCCAGAUGUGGCUUCAACCUUUAACCAUUCCUGUGAUCCUAAUACAUUUGUGGUAGAUGUAGGACAGGAACAGUUAACUAUAACUUCACGCUGUAUUGAAGAAGGAGAGGAGAUAACACAGGUGUACUACGGAUACUAUGCAGAUACAGAUAAAGGAGAAAGACAAGAGAAACUGGAGAAGAAAUAUAACUUUAUCUGCACAUGUCUGGCUUGUCAGUUUGAUUAUCCAACUUCAGCUGAACUACUCUCAGAGACUACGUUUUUGAACACUUCGCCAGAAAAGUUGAAAUCCCCCUUGACGGUUGAACAGCUGACUCUAUUGGAUAAUCAGAACUCGAGGUUUCGUGAUCAGAUAUCUGAGUGUUUGCAGAACAAGAAUCUAAAACAAGCCCUGGCUAUUACCAAAGAUAGAUUAAAGCUUAUCUCAGACAACAUCAGAAGUCCGCAUGCCCUGCUUGUGGUGGGUAUGAUAAGCCUGGUUAGAUAUGCCUGGAUUCUAUUCGGCAGAAAAUCAAAGGCUUUCAAGCCAAAGCUUGAAUUAUUCUUCUAAAAAUAUUCAUUCAAAUUAUUGAUUGAAACAUUUCUUUAACGUAAAAGACUGCUUGACUUUUUAUUGAUUUUGAAAAGUACAAAAAAUCAAAAAUAGUGUUUAUUUCAAAUGAUAACUAUAAAAUCCCUACAGUAUAUAGAUAAAUGAAAUGAAAUGAUUAUCUUAUGGCAUAUAUUAUGUCCUUUUAAUACCAUACUAUCUACCUCCCCCAUUCCCACUUUAACUUUAAUUUUAACAUUUAAAUUGUUCACGUAGAAUGUUCAUCAAAAAGAAAAUAUCAAUAAAUAUUUAAAACCUAAUGAUUCACAAAAGUCAAACUAAAGUUUAUUUCACGGAAGAUUGAAAUCUAUAUGUAAAUUUAGCUUGUCUGUCUGGGUGUCUGUUUGUUUGUUUGUAUCCAAUAAACGUCA